AUGAAGGUGCAAGCUAGUAAAAUGGAAGCAGUUUAUCGCUUAUUUAAAAAGACAGUGCCAGAAACUAGCAAAAGCAAGUUUAGAGCAUCAAUUGGAGGAACAGGGGAAUACAUUGAGAGCCAAGAUUCCUUCCACUAGGUGAUGAUUUAGAACGAAAUUUUGAGAGUACACAACUAGAUGCUGAUAGUGGAUGAACCUUAAAUAAUGGAGGUAGUCGAAGUGACAGAUAGUUUCGAUAAUUCGAAUCCUAACCGUAAUUAUUAGACUUGA